UGCAUCCUAAACUAUCUCUGGUGCUUUUUCCUUGCUUGUAGGGUAAGGACUUGUUAACCCAGAAGAUCCCAGUGUGGCAGCAGGCCUGUUCAGACCCCAACAAGCUGCCCGACAGGGCCAUGCUGCUCGCCCAGCAGAUGAGUUCUGGAUCUGGCACCCUUCUCUCCAGCCCUCUGCACUCCUCCAAGGGAAACCUGGUCAUCUCAGAUCCCAUUCCUGGAGCACAACCACUGCCUGUGCCCCCCGAACUAGCUGCCUUCAUGGGAAGUGGCCUGGGCCAUCAGGGGCGGCUAAUGGGUCCUGAUGGCAUGUCCCUGGUGAACGGGACAACGGGGGUCCAUGGAGAUGACUACUGGACGGAGGGCGGGGUCUCUCAGGGAAGACCACCCUCUCCACAGAAUCAGUCUCAAACACAGAGCCAGCCCCAGAGACAGGUCAGCGACGUCUAUUCUAACACCCUGCCCGUCCGCAGGCCCCAGCCUGCUAAAAACAAGACCACUGUGGGAGAGACACGGACUCUGCCCAGGUCAAGUUCCAUGGCGGCUGGUCUGGAGAAGAACGGACGUUCUCGUGUACAGGCCAUUUUCUCCCACGCGGCCGGAGACAACAGCACCCUUCUGAGCUUCACUGAGGGAGACAUCAUCACCCUGCUGGUGCCAGAGGCUCGGGACGGCUGGCACUAUGGGGAGAAUGAGAAAAACAAGAUGCGUGGCUGGUUUCCUUUUUCCUACACUCGAGUGCUGCCUGACAGUGACAGCGAGAAGUUAAGAGUCAAUCUUCACCAUGGGAAGAGCAGCAGCACAGGAAACCUGCUGGAGAGAGAGGACAUGUCCUUGCCUAUGCCUGACUAUGGUCUGACUGCCCGACUGUUGGCACAGAGCCUAACACAGACUCGACCACGUCCCUACAGCAUGGCAGGCUUCGCACAGCCAGCGCUAGAGGAUUAUGACAGUCAGUUUGCCACAAGUUCCGAUGGCAAAUUGAUUUCGACAGUGUGAACACAGACAGACUAUCAGACACAGAUCCGGAUAGCACAGGGGCCACGCCCCUACUUCCCUUAGCCCCUCCCCUUUUAAGCUCUGCCUCCACACACCUCCUCCUCCAAUGGAAGGGGCCAGUCUCAUCCCUCCUUUCUGUCCUCUCUUCCUCCCUGCGUCUUGCCGGGGUGAUAGUGGUGGUCGCGUGUGGUGGGUCGGGGGGGAACUCUGAGAAGAACGACCGGAACGCAGUCCAACUGCUCGCCUCGCUGCUUUACGGACUCUGAUUCGCCUGUAGUGACGCCGCUAUGACAUCGCUGUGGACUCCAAAGAGACUGCUUACCACUUCCCGUCUUUCAUGCAUGAGCACAAGUUUUGCUAUAUGGUUGUUUUUUUAAAAUGACAUCCUCAUGUAAAAGUGCCAAAAGAAAAGCUAAUUUGGUCUUUUGGAGCAGCUCUCCUCAUUCCGAAGCUCUUGCUGAGUGUUUUUCUAAGCAGAUGUAAUGGGAGCCUCAUGCCAAAUGAGGAAUGUUUUUUGGUUUUUUUUGUUCUUCUUUGUGGUUUAGCUGUGCAGAGUGUACUCUCUCUCUCUCUCUCUCUGUGUUUUUGAAGAGCAUUUGCAUUUUGUGAAUCCCUCAUGUAUUACCUGGUGCUCCUCUGGUCCAGAGGCUGUGUCGCUUUGUGCCGCAACAAGCUUAGAUUUUCCUCCGAUUCACCCACGAAAUUGGAAUGAUUGGAAGGAAAAUAAAAAUUUUCCCUCAUUAAAUAAGUGCCAAAUGAGAGUGGACCUAUGAAACUGGAGUGAAGGUCGCAUGAGCUUCAAAAUCCUCGGGUGGGACUGUGCUGUUCGUCCAGACCAGCACGUGUCCACUCACCCUACAUGCAUGAAAGAAAAGUGCUCUGAGCAGAAACCUUUUCCCCCCAAAAAAAUCCCGUUAUCCUGUCUCAGACACCUUGAAGUAUGGGGUCAGAAUAGUAUCAAAAUUAAUAUUUUGACGGUAUGAUUUUACAAAUGUGUGACAUAAUUCACAAAAUUUGUUUCAAAUAUUCCUUUGAACGGUGUAUUCACAAAUGUUUAAACUCGUGAACUGAUGGAUAACAUUGAAUGUAUUAUUUUCUGAGAGGUUUUGAGCGAAAAAUAAAUUUUGGCAAAAAUACUAAAAUUCACUUUUUUGGUAAAAUAGUGCUUGAGAGGUUUUGAUUCA